AUGGACGUGCGUCUGCAAUUGCAAAUAAAACGGGAUCCUGCAAGUUACACGACCCUGUACAAAAACGAAGUGGAAAAACUUCGGGGAAUGAUAAAAAUAUCAAAGCUAGACCCAGAGGCCAAAAACUCAGAGCUUUCCUCGCUUCUUACAUUUCUCCCGCACAUUGCAAAGCACUACGACGAGGACAUUGCCGGGGAUAUUUUCAACUACGCCCUGGACUACUACAGCCUGCUAGAAAAAAGUCUCUCCCAGGCGGUUAUAACGGGGGUGAUUGCCCUCAAGAAAACGAAGCAAAUAGGGCCCGAGAUCUUCUACAAGCAGGCCAUUGCCCUGAUUGAGGAGAUGGACAAAAGGACGAAAACUGUGUUUAUACAGUUUCUAAUUGCGGAAAUUAUACGAGACAAGGACCACAAAGAGCUGGUGCAGAAAAUACUCGUUGACUCGAUCCACUCCGGCGUGGAGUCGCAUGCGAAAAGAGCCGCGUACAUAUACAUGCACCUGAUCAGCAGAAGCAUCUGGACGGACAGGGCCUCGUCGGAAAUGGUCUUUGAAAUGAUGUUUAAGGCGCCUCCGGUCGUUGUGAACUUCAUAUUCAUGUAUCUUCUCGACCGGGUGAAGCUUGCCGUGACAGAGGAGGAAAUAGAGAUGCCCAGCAAGAAGACGCAGGACACAAAAAUCAAGAGAGAAACGAAGGGAGACAAGCGGAAGAAGGAGCGCAAAGAAAAAGUUAUUUUGAAGAAGCUGGAGGAGAAAAAGGAGAAGGAGGCGCAGAAGGAGCCAAACAUUGUCUCUAUUCUUCGGCGGCUCGAGGGGAAGGGCCCGCAGUAUGCAGCAAGGCUCUUCAAAAAAGUGAAGAUGUCCGAGCACUCUGCAGACACAAAGCUGAUGAUGGCGCAGAUAGUCUCCAGGAUAAUAGGGUACUACAAAGUAAACAUCAAGGGAUUUCUGGGGUACAUGAUGAGGUUCCUGUUCCCGCACCAGGAGAAGCUCCCAAGCGUAUUUGCUGCAAUUGCGCAGUCCAUCCACGAGGAAACGGUGGACAAGGAGGUCCAGGCCAUCUGCGACCUCAUCGUGGAAAACUUCUGCGGAGACCACAAAGACGACGACAUAAUUGCGUAUGGAGUGAACUCGCUACGGGCAAUAAUAAAGAGGCACCCUCCUGCAAUGGAAUAUCCCUGCAUAAAGCAGGUGAUGGACUACAGAAAGCUGAACAAGAAGAGGGCAGUUUCUGCUGCAUCCGCGCUCAAGAAGAUGAUAAGAGACAUCCAGAGGCAGAAGGAGGCAGAGAAGGACUCCGAGAGCGAAGAGCUUGAAGAAGAAAGCGGCAGCUCCUGCGAAGACUUUGCAGGAGAAAGCGGAGAGGAGCUGGAGGAGGCAUCAGAGUCCGACGGAUUUGAGGAGGAGACAGACGACGACUCGAACGGGUUUGUAACGGAAGAGAUGAUCUCAAAGAUACGCACGAAGAAGACAAAGGAGGAGAAGGUGCAGCUGGCCAAGGCCGACAAGCGGGAAAAGAAGGAGCGCGAGCACACGGGCACAAACAAGGACAAGCAGAAGUCCACGAACUACACAGUGCGAAAGACCAAGCGAGUCUCAAUCCCCAAGAAAAAGACAAAAAAGCAAAAAAGGUAG